GCUCAACGAAGCACUUUUGGACAGAUGUUUUGAUUCUUAUAGCUAUAAUUGUUUGGUCGUGGGUGAAAAUAAUGGAACUGAUAAUAUCUAAGUGGUUUGGCUACCUUGAUUUUUCUUCUCCUAACAACCUAAUGCUAUAAAAGGAGACAGUUUUAACUUAAAAGGCACACAAGGAAUUCAUCAGGCAUUUUAAGAAAAAAGAUAGAAUUUCAAGAAUAAAAGUUCAUACAUUAAAGCAAAAUUUGAAGAGAAAGUGAAACGUACGGUAGCAUAUCUUGUCAUCAAUCAUCAUGUUGAACGGGAAUUUCUACAUCAGCGCUAUCUUGUUAGUUUUGGCAACAGUGGUAUAUUCACAAAGCGUGGCUACAACAGUUGCACCAACUACAACUCCAGCUCCUCUCAACUGCACUAAUAUUCCCAAUGUUCCAACUCAUCCAGAAGAUGCGACAGUCAAUACGUUGAUUACUUCAGCUAACGACAACAUCAAAGUGUGCAACCAGAUUAUUCCGUUGUUGAAUGCAUUUAUUGCCAACCUGAAAGUACCAGGAGUGUGUAGCCAACUGGACGAAAUCGUGAACAUACUGCAAAAGUUAGACGCCAGAAUUAAAAUCAUUAACAGAAGACUUGACUGUGGACUUGUCAUAAGCGUACAAGAAGCAAGAAAUUUGAAGCAGAUGUUGCACAAUGAUCAAAUUUCUAAGAGGGUAUUAAAUGGAAUUAAGAUGCGGUUAACAGAUGUUAAACAACGCCUUCAAGCAAUUGUAUGAACAAUGUUUAGGAAGGAAAAUUACUCACAAUGUAAUAUUGCGUACAGUAGAAUAAUAACCACUUUGCUUUUGUAGUUUAUUGACACAAAUAAAUAUGAAUUUGUUA